ACCACCGGCGGUGCUGGAGGGGCGUCUACCACCGUCACCACGCUUGACGACCUGGUUGCCUGUGCCAAGCAGGAGGCCGCCGCCAUUUGCAUCGUCGACGGCACUAUCGAGGGAGCCGAGGCCGUCCAAGUCACCAGCGAUACCACCAUUCUCGGCAAGGACUCUAACGCUAUCCUCAAGGGCGUUGGCUUGAAGAUCAAUGGCAAGUCGGGUAAGCCCGUCACUAACGUUAUUGUCCGCAACCUGUCUAUCGACAAGGUUCUGGCCACCACCGGCGAUGCCAUUGGUAUGCAGUUCGUUGAGAAUGUCUGGGUCGACCACUGCGACCUCCAGGGCGACCGCACCCAAAGCGACAAGGACAAGUAUGAUGGUCUCUUCGAUGUGACCCACGGCUCUGACUACGUCACUAUCACCAACUCGUUCCUCCACAACCACUGGAAGGGCUCCUUGAUUGGCCACUCAGAUAACAAUGGCGAUGAAGACACCGGACACCUAACCGUUACCUUCGCUAAUAACUACUUCUACGACCUCAACUCGCGUGCUCCCUCAUUCCGCUUCGGCACCGGCCACAUCUUCAACAACUACUACGAGAAGAUUUCCGACGGCAUCAACUCCCGCCUCGGCGCUGAGCUCCUUGUUGAGUCCAACGUUUUCUCUGACGUCGACAAGCCCCUCUACUCUGUCGACGGCGAUGGCUUCGCUGUCUCCAAUGACAACGACUUCGGCUCCGGCGAGAGUACCAUAACCGCUGGCGAUGUCUCUGUACCCUACAAGUACACCCUACUUGGCUCUUCCGCCGUCAAAGCCGCCGUCGUCGGCACUGCUGGCGCCACCCUUACCUUCUAA